GGAGAUACACUUAGCUUUCAAGGACAAAAGGGCUAAAUCUUUCUACUAAACACAAAUCAAUUGAGUCCAUCUUAAUUAAUUCCUUUAAUCCUCUUAAUACAUUUUUAAUGGAGAAAUCUCCAAACUCAACUAGAGGUGUUAGCUAUGGUGGAGGGCAAAGUUCAUUAGGUUAUCUAUUUGGUGAUGAUAAAAAACAACAAAAGAUUGAUGAUCCUCCACCUUCUCCAACUGUUCUUGCACCUCCUUAUGGAAUUGAUGAUGAUGCAAAUGCAAAUAAUCCAUCACAAAAUUCUAAUACUACUUCAAUUACCUAUCAAAAAUCUCAGGGCCAAAAUUCAGGAAUUUUUAUCACUGGCCGUCCAUCAACAAAGGUGAAUUCAGUUCCAGGAGGAGAUUCAUCAUUGGGCUAUUUGUUUGGAGAUAAUAAGUCUUGAUAUUUCUUCAUGAUCUAUAUAUCUAACUUCUAAGCAUGGAUGAAGUUUAAUUAAUUAUUAUUAGGGUUUGAAUAAGGGAGAAAUUUGCAAUUUCUCUAUAGUUUUAAUAUUUAUAUUUUGCUUGUAACUUGUAUUUUCAAAUUCCAAUGUUUGUAUUUGUGUGCUAGUAUAAUUAGUAGCUUCUAAUCUAAAUUUGUGUGGUUGUGUGAGAUCAUAUGUGUGAUGAAGAUCAUCAUGCAGAUUUGGUUAGGGUUUGUGAGGUUUUCAGUAUAAUGUAUUGUAUCAUAUCAAUCUUCAAAUAAAUUAUAUAUUUAUGUUUGAAA